AUGUCUUCUCGUCCGGAGCUCAACGCUUAUAAAUUUUUUGCAGAUCGCUAUGCCGCUGUUCUCGCUCAGGAGGGGAACUCUCCCCGCCAUGUGUCGUCCAUGGGCUUUGGAGCCCUAGCCAUCACCGAUGGCUCGCCUUCUGCUGCUGCAGCCUCCGCUGCAGUUCCUUCUGCCACCGCGUCCCCUGUUGCGGUUACGACCUCUCUCUCCUCUGGCCAACAGGAGGUCAGACCUGCUCCUGUUGGCCUUCCGCACCCGUCAGGCCGUACUGCCACUGUGGUAGAAAUCAAUGAUGAUGACGAUGAGGAGAUGGAUGGUGUUCGUUGUGGUGAAGAGAUGGAUGUGUUGGUUGAUGAUGGUGAGAAGGGUGGUGCCGAUGAGGAUGAUGAGAUGGGUGAGGUCGAUGAAGAUGAGGAAAUCCUCAGCGUUGGUCUUGGUGACCCAGCGCUGUUUGAGGAUAGAGAAACGUGGGUGUCAGAGAUGGAAAAGUUAAGUCCUGUUCGUGAUAAUGAAGGUUCUCCUGAAUUCCGCGUACGGCUCCAGACUUCUUUCGGGAAGAAACGGGUUGCGUAUCAGGAGAAGAUGGAAGCUCUGGCUGAAAUAAAAGCCGAGAAACAUCGCCAUUCCCCUUUCGCCCACGACGAAGUAUCCCCUCCUUCGGCGAAACGGGUCAAAGAGACCCCUCGGUCCUCUACAGGGCAGGCUGAAUUGUUUCCCUCCCCUUCCCAUGAGCCAGGGAGUGCUCGCAAGGCGUCGUUGCGAGAACAGGAUAGGCUAUGGCAGUUGUUUAUCGAUGAAAGGGAGCGAUGGGAGGUCACAAGUAUCGAUGAGUCGUGUGAUAGAUGUCGCCGUGAAAUUAUCACGUAUGGGAGAUCAAAGUGGCCGUGUCUUCGACCGGUCAAACCUCAUAAUCGCGGAUCCCGUUGUGCUUCUUGCACUUCUGUGUAA